AUGCUUUCGUUGGUUUCCAGAACAACGUUACGUGGUAUUGCCACGUCGGCCAGACUCGCCAAACCAGCAGCAGCAGCAGGCACAGAGUACUUGACCACCGGUGGGUCUACUCAGUCUGUGUGGCCUAAAGACAUGGAGGAGCUGAGCGAAUCGGCCCUUUCUAAAGCCACCAAGUUCUUCUUCCUCAAUGAGAUCGCCAGAGGAAUGUACAUUUGUUUGGAGAUGUUCUUCCGUGCCCCAUACACCAUCUACUAUCCUUUUGAGAAGGGCCCCAUUUCGCCCCGUUUCAGAGGUGAGCACGCCUUGAGAAGAUACCCCUCGGGCGAGGAGAGAUGCAUUGCUUGUAAGUUGUGUGAGGCGAUCUGCCCAGCCCAGGCCAUCACAAUCGAGGCGGAGGAGAGAGUCGAUGGCUCCAGAAGAACCUACAAGUACGACAUUGACAUGACCAAGUGUAUCUACUGCGGUUACUGUCAGGAGUCCUGUCCUGUGGACGCCAUUGUCGAGGGUCCUAACGUCGAGUACUCGACGGCGACCCGUGAAGAGUUGUUGUACAACAAGGAGAAGUUGUUGGCCAACGGUGACAAGUGGGAGCAAGAGUUGCAGUACUGUAUUGACGCCGACGCCCCCUACCGUUAA